GUGCUGCGCCUUCCUCCGUCACCGCUGCCGCCAUGCCCGGAGGUCUCCUUCUCGGGGACGAGGCUCCCAAUUUCGAGGCCAAUACGACCGUCGGCCGCAUCCGUUUCCACGACUUUCUGGGAGACUCUUGUGACCUUUGCCUCCAUUGCAGAUGGGGUAUCCUCUUCUCCCACCCUCGGGACUUCACCCCGGUGUGUACCACAGAGCUUGGCAGAGCUGCAAAGCUGGCACCUGAAUUUGCCAAGAGGAACGUUAAGCUGAUUGCCCUUUCAAUAGACAGUGUUGAAGACCAUCUUGCCUGGAGCAAGGAUAUCAAUGCUUACAACUGUGAGGAGCCCACAGAAAAGUUACCUUUUCCCAUCAUUGAUGACCGGAAUCGGGACCUCGCCAUCCUGUUGGGCAUGCUGGACCCAGCAGAGAAGGACGAGAAGGGCAUGCCUGUGACGGCGCGUGUGGUGUUUGUUUUUGGCCCUGAUAAGAAACUGAAGCUGUCCCUUCUCUACCCCGCGACCACCGGCAGGAACUUUGACGAGAUUCUCAGAGUAGUUAUCUCUCUCCAGCUGACAGCAGAAAAGAGGGUUGCCACCCCGGUUGAUUGGAAGGUUGGAGAUAGCGUGAUGGUCCUCCCAACAAUCCCUGAAGAGGAAGCCAAGAAACUCUUCCCUAAAGGAGUCUUCACCAAAGACCUCCCAUCUGGCAAGAAGUACCUGCGCUACACGCCCCAGCCGUAGGUCUCACCCUGCACAGUGAGACAGCGGGUGCUGGCUGCCAAUCAUGUGUCCUACAGCGAUUCCAUAGAAACAUCCCACUAUGAUCACAGCCACGGUCUCUAGGUUGCUGUCCUCCUGGCUUAUUAAAUGAAAAUGGCACUAAA